AUGCCUGCCAUACCUGCCAUAGACCCAACCGCGGGCACCUCGCCCCUUGUCCAACCUGAAUCGAUUCUUGGGUCCAACAACCUUUCACCCGUGUUUGACCCGGAGAAGGUCACCGUGGUCUACAUCCUAGGCGGCCCCGGUGCCGGAAAGGGCACUCAAUCUGCCCAGCUGGUGAAAGACUACGGGUUCGUUCACCUUUCCGCAGGCGAUCUAUUGAGACAAGAGCAAGACACCGAAAACAGUCAAUACGGGCAAUUGAUCAAGGACUACAUCAAAGAUGGCAAAAUCGUUCCAAUGGAAAUCACGGUCAAAUUAUUGGAGAAUGCCAUGCGUGCGAACCUGGACAGUGAAGGGCGCGGCAAAUUCUUGAUCGAUGGCUUUCCUCGCAAAAUGGACCAAGCGAUGUAUUUCGAGCAGGCAGUUUGUCCCUCGAAAUGCACGAUAUUCCUUGACUGCCCGGAGGACGUAAUGCGGGAACGGUUACUGAACAGAGGGAAGACAAGUGGAAGAGCAGAUGACAACGAAGAGAGUAUAGUGAAGAGAUUCAGGACAUUUGUGGAGACCAGCAUGCCUGUGGUGGACCAUUUUGCUGCGGAGGGCAGAGUGGUUAGGGUCCCAGCAGUUGGUACAGUGCAAGGAGUGUAUGAAGGCGUGGUGGAGGGCUUGUCCAAGAUGGGCCUUUCACCAUCCAAGCUUGAAUCAUCCAAGCAAAAGUAG